AUUGUGUAAUACAAUACCAAAAGCUUCCUGGACUUCUAUAGAAUAAAUACCACAGGCUUUGCUGUAUGAACUAGCAUCACUAGGUAGCGCGACACUUGUGUUUAAUACUCCUUGGUAUAAAUCCAUACUACUGAUUAUUCACUUCCCAGUGCCCACAUACACACGUCUGAAAUAUACAAUUUGAGUUAUACAGAGAAAACAUAUAAAACAGAUUUGGCGAUUUGCUUCCGCAUAUUCCAUGACCUCUAGUUGAUAUCCUCAGUCACCAGAGCAGUCGGCACUAUGAACCUCAAAUUUGAGAUUCAAGAACAAUACACAGUUCGCAUUCAUCUUUUGUCGAGUAUUCCACACAAGUUAACUUAUUAUCCCCACGGUGUUGCUGAGGCAGCCAUAUUGAUGUUCCUCAGUUUAAAUUUUUCAGUCGGAAAAUACAAUCAGCCAGUCACUAUAUCCAGUAAGCCUGACUGGAGUAUGUUUGUUACCUUAGUGUCUGUCUAUCUUUCCGAGAUCAACUUGACUGGAUGCUGGUUGGAGAGGCCCUGCUAGGUAAGAUGGUCAGGUAAGAUAACCAGACUGAAACAUUUUCCAUCUGAAGUUGUUCAUGGCUUCCACAAAAACACAUGCAUUUUUGUUUCUUGCCACGAAAAAAAAAAAGUAGUAUAUAGUCGGCGUCUACUGAAAAGUGGCUCAUGUGCGGCGAGCCUAAAUGUACAUUUUUUAAGAAGAAAACUAAUCAUCGUCUUUUAUAAUAUAAUUACGCUGUUUGCUAGAGUAUGUGGUCAGAGUUUAAUUAGAAUGUGAGUAUUACCUUGAUUACCGAAUAAAAUGUAUGUGAUAUCGCAAAGCGAGACAGUCCCAACUAAGCUUCCUUGAUCCCAACUUACCAGUACAGAAUACGAGACGGUCUACACUUCACGACGUGCCCUCGGCGGGCUGAAAGGAGGAUGUACUGCGCCACAGUUUAAAAUACCUUAUUUAUACAACAAUCCACCACAAGACAUCUUCAUAAGUGGAAAUGUGGCGCGUAAUUCAUUCCAUCAGCAGAGGCUUACGGAAUGUUCGUCCCAGUCAGUGCUGCCCCCAAGACUGCUCUGAGGAAGGCCCCUGCAGACAUCACAACCACCACUACCAUUACAAUGAAGCUUCAAAAGCAAAAGCAGCAACAAUCAGAAAUUAUUCUGCUGCUUCAUGCAGAAUUUUCUUAACAGUAAAAAAAUAUGACAACUGUCUGAGAGUUGUUGAGGGACUCCACACAGGAUCAUGUGACAAUGGGAGUCCAGGUACUGAAAGCAAAAGCAGUGCAAGCUAUCACCCAAGAUGUCCUCCAUGGCACUGGGAAAUUCUUCAAGAAAAUAAUGAACUUGAGGAAUAUUGCUCAGAAAAAGAACAAAAUAAAGAAAAAGAAAGCAGAAGAGACUCUGAAAAGACAUGUCACUUUGAAGAAUGGAAAGAAGUCUUGCAGUCAUCUCCCACCCUUCAUGCAUUAGGAUGGGGUUCAGCUGCUGCCCUCACCUGGUCUUUGUAUCAUGACUGGAAUGAGCAUCAUCCUUGUCCAUACCGAAAAAAGAAUGAACAACAGCAAGCAUCUCUUUGGGACAGUGGAAAGCUUAAUUCAGUUUCCAAGGAUAUUAAAAAUGAAGAUAAAAACAUUGAAGAGGCCGAGAAUUACCACAAACCCUUCAAAGAUAUUUUUGUUUUUGAAAGUAACAUUAAAGUUUCUUCAGAAUUUAAUGCUGAAGAUUACUGCAAAGAGUAUUCAGGAGAGAGAUAUAAAGUUCCAAACUUAAAAUAUAAUUUUAAAAGUACAAAUACUCAUAAACUGAAUAUGAUGCCACAUGAAUGCUCAGCUCAGGAAACAGUUAUACCCAUAUAUUCCUUACAACAAAAGUUUCUUGAUAUGGCUAGAAAGGUUUUCAAGAAUCAAGGAAAUAAUUAUGUAAAAGAAAAACACAAGGUGGAAGAAAUUUAUACAGGUGAGAAAUUUCAUGACACAAUUAAGUCACCAUUUUCCCUUGAAGACAAAUGGUUUAAUGCACCAGAGAAGUCAGAUUCAGGAUGCAUAUCUGAUUCAGAUCAAACCUUGCAGUCACAAACCUGUGGUGCUCAGCCAGAAAUCCUGCAGAAUCAUUACAACCAGAAUGUGAAAAAUAAUACCAAGCUAGUCUCAGAUAUUUGCCCAGAAAGACUUGUAACUGAAACUUCUGAGACUGUGCUGUCAACUGAAGAGAAGGAUGUGAGUGAAUACUAUCAGUCUACAGCACAGAAUGAGCCUGUUAACAACUUUGAUGAUGAAAUAAAGAUGCUCCAAGACAGGUUGCUUAAGAUUGUGAAAGCACACCAUGAUGAACAACUGUCAGAUAUGCUGAAGAAUGAAAAUACCUUACUUAACACCAAGCCUGAGGAGAUGAUUAUCUAUUUCCAAGCUGGGGUGUUACUGGGUGAUUCCACAUCAGCCUUCAACUUGGCCCUCUGUUAUCACAUGGGAUACGGCACCACACAGGAUUUGGAAAAAGCACGUAAAUUAUAUGAAGUAGCUUCUGCAGCAGGACAUGGAUGGGCCACCUACAAUCUAGCAGUGAUGCUGAAUCAGGGUCUUGGGGGUCCUUUUCUCCCUCAAAAAGCUUGCAAUUUGCUCUUGCAAGCUGCAAAGAUGGGUGUCAAAGAGGCUGAGGAAGCUCUUUCGGCAGUGGAAGAAGAGGAAGACCCUCAGCAGUCAGUUUCUCAAGAAGGAGAUGAGCCCAGUCUGCGGCAGUGUUACUCGGAGCCUUGCCUGCUCUCAGCCCUUAAUAAGGAGUGGCCUCUUUCAUACUCGACAGGUGACCUACACUCCCUGCUGGAUGAAGAUGACUGGACUGCUGGUGACACUUCCACUAUUGCAAAUGUUUUUCAAAUAACCCAGCAAUGUCAUGUUUGAGGUUUAUUAUAUAUCAUAAUUACUUAAUAAUUCAUAGGUAUUUGAUACCAUUUGUUAAUCUGAGACUGGGAAUUAAAAUAUACAUUCCCACCUCCUGCCUAUCAUGAAAUUGUAUUAAAUGGAAAAUGACAGAAGGCCAAGAAAGCCUUCCCAGGAACUGUUUACUCUUCAUGAAAUAAUAUCUUUCUUUUUAUCUUUUAUCUGCAUAUUCAUGAUGCAUACAGUGCACAUAAAAAGUGAUGGCACAAGAUCUAGCAAAAAAAAAGAGAAAAUUAAAAUAAGUAACCUUAAACAAAAAUGUUACAAGACAGUAAAUUUUGUUUUGUUAUACCAUAACACUUCUCCAUUGCUGAAUCUUUAGUGUACAUUUGCUGAACAAUGCCUCUGAAAAAUGAGUCAUGGUAACCCAUGGUUUAGGCACUACAUGAUAGAAGAAGGGUAUUUGGAAAGGAUUCUAGUAAUUUUUGUCAGUUUAAUUCUGGAAAUUAUCUUGAAUAGUUUGGUUCAUAGGAGGAUGGAAAAGCAGAGUGCCUGGAAUUGUGUCUCAUAAGAGGAAGCUCAUUUAAGCAUGUAAAAUCAUAACACUUUUAUUCUCAAAAUAUCAGUCUAUUUUUGUAUGUUCUUUAAUGUCAGAGUUGCUGUACAUAAUAAUGCCAAGUAUUUGCAGUUUGUCCUGCAUUUAUUAUAUACCCAACAUUUUACCCCUUCUUGCUCUUCUCAGAUAUCCUAAUUUCUUUCAUCUUUCAACUCUUAAGAUGCCAUAUAUAUAUAUAUAUAUAUAUAUAUAUAUAUAUAUAUAUAUAUAUAUAUAUAUAUAUAUAUAUAUAUAUAUAUAUAUAUAUAUAUAUAUAUAUUAAGACAAGUUGUAUUAUAAUAAGAACAUAUAAUAUAUGUGUACUAUGUAUGUCCAGUGGCAUUGUACAUGAGUACUGAAAUUUUCAAAGGAAAGAUGUAAUAGGUGUGCACUCAUCAAAGCAUAUCUAAAUUAUAAAUUUCAUUUUUAUUCUAGUCAUGUUUAUAGCGGUGUUAGGCAAUGAGUGAUAGAUGCUGUGUCCUUAGAGGAUGAAACAAAAUAAGACAAGAAAUACUCACAUAUUCUUCUCAAGAUUAACAGUAAUUAUAAUGUUAUCAUUAUGUAUUGAUUAAAGUGUCUUCCAAAAGUAGAUCACCCUGUAGGAAAAACAAAAAUUUUGAAAUUUUCACUUAAGAUCAAUUAAACUGUUGAAAUCCAUAUGGUGCCCAGCAGUAUGGUUUAUCUUCAAAGCAAAUGAACUGUGUUGUAGUACUACUUAGUUUGCUGCAGACAAGAAGAAAAAGAAGAAAAAAAUUACUAGUAACCUUCACUCAGAGCAGCAAGCCAUUAGUAAUUUACAAAUCAGAAGUUAUACAGUACCUAUUGACAUACCAUGUUUGUUAUUACAAACAAGGUAUACUGAUAGAUAUACAAGUAGAUAUACAAGUAAAAAGUAAGAUAUUGUUAUGUAUGGAAAUUUUGAUUGUAUGGGAAUAGUAAUGGAUGUCCUGUGAUGGGUGAAAUAGUAUGAUAAAAUUUCUAAUAUGCUAAGAUCUUAGGUACUUGAAAGUCUGAAGAACUGAAGUUACUAAGAAUUGUACUUUAUAUAUAUAUAUAUAUAUAUAUAUAUAUAUAUAUAUAUAUAUAUAUAUAUAUAUAUAUAUAUAUAUAUAUAUAUAUAUAUAUUUAUAAAUACAUAAAUACAGGGUUUACGAUAUCCUUGACCUACAGCAUUUCAUGGUUACAUCGCCAUCUCCCAUAAAUUUACAAAUACGUCAUCACGCAGUACUGUUUGAGGAUGACAGCUUUGUUUACAUUCACUGGUUGUAUGCCAUAUUGGAUUGUGCUACUUUCACUUUCUUUAAUUUUUAUUGUCUUUUUGGGAACUUUUUACCCUUCAUUAUUGCUCCCAGGCUUGAGUCAGACUCUUCUGAUGGCAGUGCUUUGAAGAAAAGGAAAGCCAUCUCCAUGGAAGUUAAAUUAGAUAUAAUAAAAUGCUCGGAAAAGGGCGAAACAUCAACAAACAUCAACAAACAGUUGUUUGGCCUAAGUAGCACAACUGUCUUGACAAUCAUCAGUGAUAAAAAGCUGGAACAUGUGAAUGGAUCUGCUCCUAUGAAAUCGUCUGUGAUUACAAAACAUUAUAGUGGUCUCAUUGAUGAGAUAUGAAAAUUAUUAGUGCUUUGGCUGAAAGACCAGCAUCAACAGCAUAUCUCAGUAAGCUUUAUGUUGAUUCAGGAGAAGGCUAAAAGAGUGUUUGAGACCAUUUGAGAGCGUAGAUGAGUGACAUAGGUUUUUAUGAGUUCUGACACGGUGAAAAUUGCAUUACGUCGUGCUGUAGUAACAGAACUAUGGCAUAAGUCGAGGAUCCCUUGUAUAUACUAGCAAAAUUACCCAGGUGAAAUUUGGCUCUCCAUAGCAUGAUUUAUCACCCUAAGUCAGUUGUUUGUUUGGCAAAGCUAUUAACCAAAGUUUACUUUAUAAUGAACCUAAAAUAUACAUCCAUUUACUGCUGUACAUGUCCUCUGUUGGUAGCCAUUAAGAACUAUUUAAUGCUGUACAUGUCCUCUGUUGGUAGCCAUUAAGAAUGUUUCCCCUGACUGAAUUUUUGAGGACAUACAAUUUAUCGAUUUCUUUUGGAACCUGUUAUCUCAGCAUUUUCAAGAACAACAAAAGUGAAUAUUUUCCCCUCUGAU